UCCACAUGCCAUCGUUUCCAUCUGCUUAGCCACCAGCAGCCCCGUCCUCGACUAUCGUCAGUGGCGGGCAGCAGCGGGUAUCGAUCUGCACCAUUUUCAAGAUCUCGCUUCAGUCUAAUCCCUUCUUCCUCCCUCCAUCCAAUCGAUGUCUUUCGGUGCUCCCGUUUUGAACAGUCAAAAACUUGGAACAGAACCGCCUAGAUCAACUGGGCAGAGGUAAGGUUAGGAAUAUGGUGUUGCCGGUGCCACAGCGUCCCGAUAUUGGUUUGCAAUGGCCGCCCGGUGCCCAAGCCACUUCGACCUUGGGUCUCCUGUGGCUGAAAAAGCAGAUAUUGCCCAUGUCUCUCAGGCUGUGCUCACUUGGACAUUGAGCUUUCACGAAGAGGCCUUGAGCCUUGCCCUUUGCAAGUUACUUGAGGUUCCUGACCGCAGACAUCUUUUGACAUGCCGUUGAGUCCCCGUAACAGUAUCGCCGGGACCGAGCACCAUAUUGGGCAACUUCUUGACAGUGCCAUUCAUGUAAAAGACAAGGCGAAGACAAAGACGAAGCGACUGCUUUCUCCCGCACAGGACGAUGCGUCUUCUGAUGACGAAGCCAAUAUCUUUUCUGAUGCAGCUUUCGAUCCUGCGAAAGUCCUUCAUAAUCCGUCACCCAAAAGCAAGAAAUCGGCGAGUGAAGCAGUACGCGAUGAUUUCAAAAGCGUCAAAUACCUCACUACCCAUCCACGUCGGGUGAUGCGCAGCAAGGCUACUCACAUUGCGGCCGGCAAACUUGGAAAGCGUCAUCCCGCAUUGACGGUUGACCAAGAUCAAGAAUUGCUAGAUGCCCACGAUGCUCUUGCCCAGGCGGUUUCGAGCGAUCUCUCAGAUCUUGACUCUAGUGCCAUCACUUCUGAGCUGGACGAAGCCUACGAUCGAGUGCACAAGAUCGAACACCAAAGAGAAAGCUUGCAGACAGCCUGGAUUUUGGGACGUCAUGUUGCCCGCGUCAAAGUCGUUCGUCCAAUAUCUCGCCCCGAUCGAUCCCAAUUCCGGGACGGAGGGAGGUUCGAGUGGGAGAGAUAUCUCGGCUACAUGGCCCUUUAUCAUACCCGCGACUUUACGACCGGCUACAUUGACGACUUUGCUUCACCACCAUUUGACCUAGAAGACCUCGCACGCAUCAUCGAGCGGAUCGCCAUCACGUCGGCGCCCUGGCAAUCCUUUCUUGUCAAUGUCCGACACAUCUACAUGUGGGAAACACCUCGUCGGACGGCGAAAUGGCUGGCUCUAUAUUGCAUCUUGUGGUACACCCAACACAUUGUGGGCUUUUUGUAUUUCUACAUCAUCUACUCCACCUUGCGAAACAGGCUCCGCACACACUCUGUGCAGAUGGUGCGCGAGAGCGUGAGCAGGGCAUUUGACCGGGAGGCGCGGGUGCAAGCCUGGGGUGAACUCAUCCAGAGACACGGACAACACGACUGGCUGGAACCGUUUCUGGACGAGAUUGGGCCGAUCAUCCAGCUACAGCUCGGUGACCUAGCGGACUUGCUCGAAAUCCUCCUGAACUUCCACCGGUGGGAACGGCCGAAGCUGACUAUGGCGACGCUCUUCUUUUUCUCCUGCUGUCUUCUCAUCACGCUGUGUGCGGACAUGGCAUUCUGCGUCAAGCUUGUAUGGUUCAUAUUUGGCAGUGGAUUCUUCUUCACGUACCCAAUCGCCGCAAACUUUCCUAAAUAUAGAUUGUUAUUAUCACAUUUCAGAUGGGUGUUUUGGGACAUCCCCACGCAUGCAGAGCUGGCGGUGCUGAGGCUGCAAGAAAAGGCAGCUGCGAAGGAAGAGGCAGAUUGGAGAGAGUUUGAGUUGAAAAGAGACGACGAAGAUGAGGACGACGAUGGAGCGGAGGAGGAUGAGAAUGAUCAGAGCGAAUCUCCUCCACUAGGACGGACUGAGAAUGGCUAUUCGUUCCGAGUCUACGACAACAUCGAAGGACGCGCACGUCUUAUGGUCAGUAGGACUAGCUUCACGCUGUAUUCCAAGGGCCGACAACGAGACCAGACCUGGCCGUUCUGCUCUCUCCUCGAGAUGCGCAAGCUCGACGGCGUCGACGUCCGCCCCAACUCGACCCUCAAGAACCUAAAAACCCUCCACUCGCGCUCCGCCGAGGCGCUGCGGUUCUUCUUCCUCGACGGCGCCGAUCUAACGGUUCUUUUGCGACCCGCGGAUCGGGAUCGCGUCUUCAACCUGGUCCUCGCGUGGAGUGGGUUGAAGUGGCAGUGUUUGCAGAUGGAGAGGCACAAUACGGCGGCCAGCCAGAGGAGCAAUUUGGACAGGGCCAUCAAGAGGGCUUUUCAUUGA